CAGGCAACACACCACUAAUUGCCUGCAUGCCCGCACGCACAAUCAUAUAUGAAAUCAAACCCAAACUCAUCCAAACCCCAUUACUAAUUAAGAUGUUUCCUCCAAUCCUCUUCUUCUUCAUCUCUUUUCUUGUCUUCUCCUCUUCCCACUCCCAGGCUUCGGUGCUGGACUUCUGCGUUGCCGACCUGUCCCUCCCUGAUGGACCCGCAGGCUACUCCUGCAAGGACCCCAAUAAAGUCACCGUGAAUGACUUUGUCUACUCCGGCUUGGCCACCCCCGGCACCUUCUCCAACCUAACCAAGUCCGCCAUCGUCACCGCCUUCGCCGACCAAUUCGUGGGGCUGAAUGGGCUCGGAGUCUCCAUGGCCCGGGCAGACCUCGCGGUGGGAGGAGUCGUGCCGCUGCACAGCCACCCCGGAGGGUCGGAGAUCGCGUUUGUCGCCUCCGGAACCAUCACCGCCGGGAUCAUAUCCACAACGGCGAACAAAGUUUACGUCAAGACCCUGAAGAAGGGGGAGCUGAUGGUUUUCCCGCAAGGGUUGCUGCAUUUUCUAGUGAAUUCCGGGAAAACUGAGGCUCUUGUCAUUGUGGGCUUCAGCAGCCCGAGCCCCGGCGUCCAGAUCACGAGCAAUGCCUUGUUUGGGAACGAUUUGCCGACUGAGUUGUUGGCGAAGGCGACUGUGCUUGAUGCUGCGGAGAUCCGGAAGCUCAAGGCCGUCGUUGGCGGAUCCGGUUAAAGCCCUCCUCUAUCCUUCCGGCAAUAUGUAUAAUUUGCCCAAAACACACACACACACACACACACACACACACACAUAUAUAUAUAUAUAUAUAUUCAAGUUAAUUAUAUAUGUAGUACGUAGUAGUAGUAAAGAUUUACAUGCGAAUGCAAAGCGUUGUUAAUGAUCUCUAUUAAAUAAAAUUAACAACAUCGCAUGAAGCAAAUAUAUAUCUUUGUUACAUUUUUAAUUAAUUUGGUGAGAGUUUAAUUUGAACGAACAAGUUCUGAUUCAAUAUAUAUUGCUAUUUCUGUA